CGGCGCGCGCGCAAAGAUGGCGACGCCCUAUGUGACGGACGAGACCGGCAGGUACAUCCCAUCCACGCAGCGCCCGGACGGGACCUGGCGGAAGCAGCGCCGGGUCAAGGAGGGCUACGUGCCCCAGGAGGAGGUGCCCGUCUACGAGAACAAAUACGUGAAAUUCUUCCGGAGCAAACCCGAACUACCCCCAGGUUUAAACCCAGAACCGAGCCCAUCCCCCUCGGCUCGAGGGACCCCGGGACGGCCCGAGGGCUGCGACCCCUCCCCAGCUUUAUCCAAAACCGCCCGGAGAAACCUGAAACGUAAAGAGAAAAGGAAACAACAGCAGGAGAAAGAUCGGGAGAGCGACAGGGACGGACUGAGCGCUGCGCUGGAAAAAAUCGCUUUGGGAGGAGGAGGAGGAGGGGGCGACAACGUCGGAGGAGGAGGUGGGACAGCGGGUGAGAAGGGAGGGGAUAAAAACCUGGAAAAUGCUGGGAAUUGCGGUGAUAACGCCGCCAAUAACGAGAGGAAUCGGCGGAUCAAGAGCCUGAGGAAGAAGCUGCGGCAGGUGGAGGAGCUGAGGCAGCGCCUGGAGGGGGGGGGGAUCCCGCAGCCCACCAAGGAGCAGCUGGAGAAGCUGGCCAGGAGGAAAGCGCUGGAGGAGGAACUCAGGGGCUUGGAGCUGGACUCGUAAUUUGGGGAGGAGGGGGAUUUUUGGUUUUUUGGAAGGGGGGGGGGGUUUGGGGAUUUUUUGGCGGAUUUUUGGGAUUUUUUUUUUUCGAUUUUUUUUUUUCCGAUUUUUUUCCCAAUUUUUUUAUGGUUAUUUUUCGAUUUUUUUCUUUAUUUUUUUCUGAUUUUUAAAA